CAAAGACACACUAGGUCCAAGCUGUACUCCAUCCACGCCACUGUUACACCGACAGCUUUGUGUCUGCCUGUACGUCUCUACUGUCCUCCUGAAAGCAUGCCAGAGGAAACAUCCGCCGCGUCCAGCUCCGGGAGUAUUGAGGAAAAGCCAUGCUCCUCUUCAGCAGCUGCAGCAGACAGCUCUGUUGAUGUCAUGGAGGAGGCAAAGAAACUGAUAGGCACAGGAAACAGGCAUCUAGUGAUGGGAGAUGUUGUUUCUGCUGUCAGUGUUUUCCAGGACGCCUGCGGCAUGUUGGCUGAAAGGUAUGGUGACACUGCAGAUGAGUGUGGUGAGGCCCUUUUCCUGUGUGGGAAGUCCCUGCUGGAGCUUGCCAGGAUGGAGAACACUGUCCUCGGUAAUGCCCUGGAGGGAGUCCCAGAGGAAUCUGAGGAAGAGGAGCAACCUAACAACCCAAAUAUUGAGAGUGCCAACAACCUCGAUGAAAAAACUAGAGAUGAGCUACGAAAGCAGGUAUACGAUGCAAUGGCAGAGGAGGAAAAGAGUGCGGAGGGUGAUACCAAGCCGGCGUCAGAGGACGGGAAGAGCAGCAUUGAAGUAAAAAAGGAGAAUGGUGUGGCAAAAUCCCCGGCCAAACAUGCUGUUAAUGGAUCAGACAAACCCUCCUCUUCAUCUGCGAACGGGGAAGAGAAGACUACAGUCCAGGAAGCCAAAGUGAAUGGAGUUGAGAAGAGCCCUGGUGCUGCGGACAAGAAGAAAGAUGAAGAUUCAAAAGAGCAGAAUGGGGAGAAGACGGAGGCAAAGCUAGAGAAGGGAGAAGACGAGGAGUCCAAACCAGAGGGUGAACAGGACGAGGAGGAACCAGAGGGCAAUGAUGAUGACGACGACGAUGAUGAUGAUGACGAUGAUGAGGAUGGAGAGGCAAAUGGUGAAAAGGAAGAGGAAGAAGUUGGAAACUUGCAGUUGGCCUGGGAGAUGCUGGAGGUAGCUAAAGUCAUCUACAAAAGGAAGGAAGGCAAAGAUGAUCAGCUAAUGGCAGCCCAGGCAUAUCUGAAACUUGGAGAAGUCAGUGCUGAAUCAGGUAACUAUCCCCAAGCACUAGACGACUUCCAGGAAUGUCUCACCCUGCAACUGAAGCACCUGCCUGCUCACAGUCGUCUGCUGGCUGAGACUCACUACCAUGUCGCCACUACGCUGUGCUACAUGGAUCAGUACAGCCCAGCCAUCCAACACUACAACAGCUCCAUAAAGGUCAUCGAGACACGCCUGGCCAUGCUGCACAAGGCGAUAGAUGCAGCAGAGGGUGCCGAUGCAGCAGCGGAAGAGAAGAAAGAGAUAGAAGAGCUGAAGCGGCUUCUGCCUGACAUCAAGGAAAAAGUGGAGGAUGCAAAGGAAAGCCAGAGAACAGCCAGCGCUGCCUCCCAUGCCAUCCAGCAGACACUAGGUGGAGCCUCAACUUCCUCAGCAUUCCCAUGUGAAAACGGUGGCCCGUCAUCUUCAUCAUCGUCAUCUGCGUUUGCAACACCAUCAUCUGCAUUUGCAACAGUCAGCAAGAUCGCAGUUAAAUCAUCUGACAGCGCCUCGUCUUCCAAAGCUGCGUCCGACAUCUCCCACCUCGUCAGGAAAAAGAGGAAACCAGAGGAGGAGAGCCCAGUAAAGGACACUGAAGCUAAGCAGGCGAAACAGGAAGCCACAGUUAAUGGCAGUGGGGACUCUAGUGCCAGCAACGGCAAUGGAGUCCAGGAGGAAAAAUCACAGGAGCCUGCCAACCAGUCAGCCUCUGUCGGGUCUUCGGCGUGAUGAUCCUCACGUCUUUCCUGAUCUUCGAAAACCAGCACAGCAUGCCUGUCGAGCCCCUCCACCUUUCAACACUUUUGUUUUUGUAAAUAAGAUCCAUUUUCAUAGAUUUGUCUGUCCAGUUUUGUAUACUUGUAGUACAAAAUAAUAAAGAAUUUGCAA